GAGCGCUAGCUUCUAGGCAUCUUGUUGUCUGAAGCUUAUCUGGACGAAUUAUUUCGGACUGGCACAUUAUAGUGCACUUAUUCCAACCUUGACGAAUUCAGCGCAGGUCUCACAUACUCAGUACUGGAUGGACUAAGUUGGAUCAAUCUAGGUUGUGGGCUGCCUUAGGACGGAUUCUUGCCUCAUUGCCAAGGAAUCAUUGACGAUCUUGCAUAAGCAGCACAAUAUCGUGACCUCGCUAGGACCUUAAACACCCUGUAAAGCAGGAUAACUUCGGAUAACCUGCUUUAAGCUUAACUAGCUCGGUCUCCUAGGAUAUAACGAUCUUGCGUUCUACUGUCGUUUACGACUUGACCGAAGUUAUUUUCUCCCGCGGCCAUGGCCGCCAAUAUGCCACAGAUGGCUGGCGGCGCUGUACGGCCGCGGCCGCCUCAUCAGCAGCUAUCGCACCUCGUCUAUACGCAGAUGAUGGCGCAACAGCAACAGCCGAAUCAUAAUGGAGGCUGGCAAGACCAGGUUCAGGCGAACAUGCGCGUGAGCAACGCAAUGAACCUGAUAUCUAAUUCAUUCCUUGCCAUGCCUGCUGUUGAUUCACAGCAACUCAUAAUGUCCGGGCUAACUUUCGAACGAGAUGCCUUCCUGAAUUCGCCGGAUAAGGGGACUUACGACCAGAAGAUUGGCGGUCGCGUCCAAGAGCUCUUCAAGCAAAGACAAGCCCAUGAACAUAGUCUUCAGCAUAGCUUAAACGCACAGGCUGCUGCUCAGGCUCAAGCACAAAUGAUGAUGAACCAAGGGAUGAUGUCGAGAGGGAUGGGUCAACCAACCCAGGGAUUCCAGCAUCUUCAGCAGCAAAUGCAGCCCUCCCCGAUUCCCCAGCAGCCCCAUCAAGCUGGUAUGGGCAUGGGUGGCCCGGGAGGACUCUCUAUGAACCCAAGCCAGCAGGGAAUGCAGAUGCGCGCACAGAUGCCGGGGCAUCCGGCCAUGGCAAGUCUAUCAGCUCAAGAUAGGACGAAAGUUACGCAAUUGGCUCUAGCGAGACUGAAUCAGACCGGGGAGCCACAACGAACUCAACUUCGGAUGAUGCUGCAAACGAAACUGAGCCAACAGCAACUGCAAUCACUACAGCAAGAGAAUAUGGAUCCGGUCCUUUUCUUCUUUCAGAAUCAGAUCUUGCAGGCUUGGAAGGGCCAGGCCGGUGCUAAUGCUGGCGGCAAUCAAGCGGCAAUGCAGAUGCAGGCACAACAGCGACAGAUGAACCAGUCUAGACAACAGAUGGCCGGGGUUACUAACGGCGAGUUCGGCCCCUUCUCCAACGUGGAGAGUAUAAUGAACCAACAGAAAGCGGGUUUGCUCGCCCAGGAAGCAGGUCAGAUGGUAGUACCAGCGAGUAAUGGUCCUGGUCGAAAUGCCACGCCUCAGCCGAUGGGCGGUGUUCAAGGCCCCAACCCUGGUAAUCAUCCGGGUCCCAAUCAACCGGGUAUCCCUAAUCAGAUGCAGCAGCAAUUCAAUCUGCCGCAAGCUCAACAACUGAAGAUGGACCAGAGGGCGGCGCAAUCGCAAGCACAGAUCAGAGCGCAAGCCCAGGCCAAACAGAUGCAGGGCCAGCCUGGUGGAUUAAACGGCCCUGGCCCUAUUUCACAGAGUCCUGGCAUGAACACUUUAAAUACUCCAGUUCGCCGAACCCCUAUAGGUAUGGGCCAAGGCGAUGGACAACCUCAGAUGGGCCAGCCAAGCGGUCCUUUUGCACAAGGACUGGAUCCGCGUUUUAAUCAGGGUAACCAGCGGCCACCAAUGGGUGGAAACCCAAACAACAUUAUCGCAAGCAUCAUGAACCAGAUGACUCCCGAGCAGCGCCAGAUAUUUCUGAGUAUGCCACCGGAGAAGAAGAACGAGGUGCUCAUGAAAUGGUCGGGUGGUUCCAGACCCGGCCAGAUGGCCGGACGUGGUCAACCUCAGCCAAAUCAGUUUGCUCAGAACAACCCGAUGGCUCAAUUUGGCCCAGUGAAUAAUGUGGGACAGCAACCGAACCCUAACAUGCCGAUGAAUGCUCAGAACCAGAUGCUCCUCCAGCAUCAGUUAAACAGAAUGCGCAAUACUAUGCACAAUCAGAACCGACCUCAAGGAUCUCCGGACACCAAUGCAUUCAUGGAUUCGAUGGACGUACCGCCGAGAAUACUGGAACAGAUAAGAGGAAGCCAGCCAAUUCCACAAGAAAUCAAGAAAUGGGCCCAGCUUAAGCAAUAUUUGAUGCAAAAGAACGUGCCUCAGGCUAUGAUGCAGCAGCUUCAGACUGUCCAGAAUAACCAGUUCCAGGCGAUAUUGAAGCAGAGGGCCGCAGCGGGCAACCAGAUGCCUCAGCCCAAUAUGCCUCCGCAGGGGUCGCAGCCUCCCAAUGCACAAAUGCCAAUGGGCGCAAAUCCUGGUGCCAAUGUAGGCUCCUUUCCAGGGAUUACCAUCACUGCUCAGGAGAUGCAGAGCGCUAGGAACCACGAAAGAUUCAAGGGGCUUUCGGAUGAUAAGCUCCGGGCGGCCUUAUUCCAGAUGAAGCUGAAUAGUAUUCGGUCGAAAGUAACUGGGCAAGUAUCUGGGCAAGGUGGACAGGCACCGAAUGUCUCAAUGCAGACUCCCCAUACUUCCCAACCGGGAAAUGCGAACAUCGCUACAUCAGCCCCGCCAGCCGCUGCGCCUAACGUGCUGCAACAGCGACACCAGAAUGCAGGACUCGACCCCAACGCGACAGGUCCCGCAGUACCUGCACGGAAUAAUAGGCAACCCCAGAACAACCGGCCGCAACCACCUCAACCUACAGCCCCUCCUCAAAAGACUGGCAUGAAACGUGCAAGCACCGACGACGUAGUAGAGGUACCCAACCCUUCAAGCACACCGGUUCAGCGACCACCUUCUCAACAGGCCAAAGCAUCCGGAAACGCGUCUCAGACACUUCAACUAAGCGCUGCACAGUUGGCUACUCUCUCGCCUGAACAGAGGGCCAAGUUCGAGGCUAUGGUGAAGAAUAGGCAAGCUGCGGCUGCAGGUGGUGCAGGCGUACAGCAAUCCCAUAUGUCUGAGGAGAUGCAGCGUCUUAAGGCCAUCGGCCAAGAAGAACAUAUGACUGCGGCUAAAGAGUCUUAUCACGAAAUUCCGAUGUCCGUCGAACAGUAUCAAGAUAUGGGCCAGAAGAUCCAGUCCAUGGUGGGAGAGAUGAGCAAAAUCAGCAAAAUCUUAGGCCGAUGGUACACGUUAACCAGGGACGAUAACCGGGCCAGGAUGUUUUUUAGAAUGCGACUCCGCUUGGUCAAGCAAUUCGCGGACGGCGAGAAGAUGACUACUUUGAAAAAGGCAUUUUCACUAAGGCCACAAGAUCUGGAUGGUGUGAGAGCCAUGCUGGAGGGCAUGGCGAGGGAUGUUGCCUCCCAAUAUCCCCAAAUCAUGAAGAGGGGUGUCAACCAGCCGCAGAAUGCCUCAGAGUCUGGGCCUCAACAAGGUACCAAUGAGAAUAUGGCUACACCACCGACUGGCCAGCCGGCUCCGCUCAACGCAGCCAAUCUCGAGAAGCAAACGCAGGCUCUUAACAGGAUGCACCAAAGGACCGCUAGCAGGAGUGGGCAACCACCCGCCGCACCAACGACCUCGCAACCUCCAUUUGCAUUUGGAGCCCAGUCGCCGAAUGGUCAGCCCACGUAUAUUGGUAAGCCCACUGUAACGCAGGCGGACCUGCAUUUGCCUGCUCGCAAGAAGGUUAAGACCGGGGCACAAUCUGGUGUCGCUUCAGGCGGCCCAAGCGCCAAUUCAUCUCCUCAAGUACAAAAGGCGCCUUCCCCUGAGAUGGUGAAACGACAAGCAUCCACAGAAGUGAAGGCGGCGGCGCUCAAGUUUCAGUGUCCCGACCCGAGCUGCGAGGCACACGGUGUAGGAUUUGCUACUGAUGAAGCUAGGCAAAAUCACAUCCAAGAGGAACAUGUCAAGCCAUAUGAAGACCCCAUCCGAUUCGUGACAGAGAGCCAUGCAACUGCGCUGGGAUUAGAUCCGAGUGGCAAGCAGAAAGCGCUGCCGAACGCAUCGAUGACGGCCCCAGGUGUCCCGCAGACCUCGGCUCCUAUGGUACACGAUGCCUCGAAGCAAGGCUUUACGCCUACUAGUAGAGCUGAUGCUACCCCAAUGUCUCGAGAACCGUCAAUGAGGAGGCAGGGCAGCGCAGCAGGUUCCAAGUCUGCGGACUUGGCUAAGACGAUCGCCGGAAGAAUCAGCACACCAAAGCCUGAUUCAGGGGUUAAAGCCGGGGACAAUCUUACCGGAUCUAGCAAACCUGACGACGGGCGGUCACAGGCACCCACUGCAGAUGGUGCUUGGCCGAUGAUGACGGUAGAUCCACAAGAUUUAUUCCACCACCUAGGCGGUCUUGAGGGUGGUGGUGGAGGCGCGAUUUCGAACAUGGACGUCUAUCGGGCAAUAACACCGAAUGACACACCCGAAUCCAGCAAGGAUAGCGCAUCCUCCGAACCAAAUAGCGACGUUUCGGAAGGGGUCUCUCUUAACCUUCAACUGAAUAUGGGACUCGAUAUGUGGAACCCUUUCGGAGGCGGACCCAACGUGGAUAUUGAUUCUGGCGAUAUGGACCUGUCGGCCGCUGGCGAGAAUUCAUUCCAGCCGUUUUCUUGGGACGACGUCCAGAUUGACUGGAACAAGGAGUUCCAAUUAGAUACGAGCCUCUACUCGAUGGAUACUACAUGAGCGACGACGCCUAUCCGGUGUGUCCCACGUAAGACGUCUGAUUUUAUGAAGAUAAUGCACCCUGGGAAUGAUAAUACCUGGUUUUCUCCUUUUAUAGCGAAUGGCGCGGCAACGGUAUGG